AUGCCGGAGCGUGACAAGGGCAAUCUGCUCUUGAGCUUGGGCCUGCCCUGCUUCUGCGGGGGCGGCGGGCUGCUGGCCCUGGCCUUUUUGCUGCGGAGCCGCGAGGCGAAGUUGCGGCGGGAGCUGGAGCUCAUGGCCUCGACUGAGCUGCUGAGCGUGGACUCCGCGGUGCGCGCGGCGCAGCGGCGGGGCCUCAAUGCUGGCGCCUACGUGGAGCUGUGCGGCCAGAGCUACACUGAGCAGCCGCUGAAGAGCCAGGACAAGCUGGCCAUGGCGGUUGAGACUCGAAAGCUGGAGAAGGUGGAGAGAUACAAAUGGAAGGAGGGCGACUACAUCUACGAGGAGCGAGAAACCACUGUGGAUGGCCGCACACGGGUUCAGAGGACCAACACAGGCAGAAGAGAGCCGGGGAAGUGGGUGCCCAGCAUCCAGCUGCGAGAAGUGGAACGGACGGCCUCCACAGCUGCGAGCGGCGUGUGCUUCCGGGAGCUGGGCGCGACCUCCGGGCUCAUGUCGAGUCCUCUGCAGAUCUGCCUGGACCUCAAGAGCUUCGAUGUGGAAGGCCUGCUGCGCUGUCAAAGCGAGACCAAGACCUACUCUCCCAGCACCUCCACCAACGUCAAUGUAACGGUGAACUCCGACACCCCGCCCCCGGCGCGCAUCCUGGGCUAUGAGACGCGCGAGAGGAUCUUGCCCAUGGGCCAGGAGGUCUACGCAGUCGGCAACGUGGCGUGGCGCUACCGUGCCUCGGUCAAGGGCAUGCAGGGCGAGGGCGCUGUGGCGGUGCUACAAAGGGCCCAGGGCAAGCCCAGCAUCUUCGCCUUUGGUUCCCGGGAGAGCAUCCUGCAGCAGCGGCAGAGCUCCUUGGAAUGGACGGGCUCCGUCGCGGACCUUCUGCGCUCGCUGGGCCUGGGGACCAUGGCGCUCGGCGGCGCGUUGGGCCUCGCGGGCUACCUGCGGUGA